AUGCAUCCCUUUUUAUUAGCGGAUAUUGGUGAAGGUAUAACGGAAUGUGAAGUAGUUCAAUGGUUUAUUCAACCAGGUGAUCGAAUAGCUGAAUUUGAUAAAAUUUGCGAAGUUCAAUCAGAUAAAGCUUCAGUAGAAAUCACAUCACGUUUUACAGGUACUGUUAAGAAAUUACAUUAUAAAGUCGGUGAAAUGGCACAAGUUGGAAACCCAAUCGUUGACAUAGAAACUGAUAGUUCUAUAAGUGAGGAGAGCAUACAAGAUUCGGAUGAAAGCAGCGUUGAAGCUUUAACAUCACCUCCACCAGCGCAAGCUCAAGAAUCAUCAGAAUUUUUGACAACUGAAGAUAAAGUUUUAACUUUGGCAACUCCAGCUGUUAGGCGUAUUGCACGAGAACAUAACAUUGAUAUCGGUAAUAUAGAAGGAACUGGAAAGAAUGGACGCGUUACAAAGGAAGACGUUUUAAAUCACAUAAAUGCAGGAAAGGAACCUCAACUUAAAUCGAAAGAGAUUCUUGAUAUUGGAAUCUCCGAGGAUAAACUCGUGCCAUUGUCAAAUAUUCAAAAAUCAAUGUUUAAGACAAUGACGCGUUCAUUGAAAAUUCCACACUUUGGAUAUUCGGAUGAAUAUUUAUUGGACAAUAUCUUUACUUUUCACCAUUCACUUAAUGAUUAUAUUGCUAAAAAGGAUCAAUUUUCUUUCAGCAAAAUAUCUCUCAUGCCAAUUUUCAUUAAAUCAUUUUCUGUUGCAUUACAACAAUUUCCAAUCCUUAAUGCUUGUAUUAUUAAUGAAGAUGAUGCAAAUACAGCAAAACUAAAGUAUCAUAAAUCACAUAAUAUUGGUGUUGCAAUGGAUACACCCGGAGGACUUUUUGUGCCAAGUAUAAAAAAUGUGCAGGCAAAAUCCAUUUUUGAGAUUGCGGGUGAUUUGCAAAGGUUACAAGAAGCGGGGAAAAAGAAUACAAUAUCUCCAAAUGAUUUACAAGAAGGAACUAUAACUUUAUCUAAUAUUGGAAUAAUUGGAGGGACAUUUCUUUCUCCUGUUGUCGUUUCUUCACAAGUUUGUAUUGCAGCAAUUGGUAAAAUUCAAAAGUUACCACGUUUUGAAAAUGUCAAGGAUGAAGUAACUGGACAUGUGAUUGAGAAAGUUGUUGGAAAGCAUGUAGCUCCCAUAAGUUUUUGCGCAGACCAUCGUGUGAUAGACGGAGCUACUGUAGCUAGAUUUUCCGAGGUAUGGAAAAACCUAUUGAAAAAUCCUCUUUUACUUUCAGCGGAAUUAAGAUAA